AUGAACUCUUCAACUACUAUACUCGAGUUUGUUGGAAUUGGUAAUAUUUUCAUCUUUGAUUAUUUGGCAAAUACCGAAUGGGUUCGCAAAAUGCCUCCGAAGGCAUUUUCGAAUGCCUCCGCAAAAUGCCUUCGCGGUACCAAAUCAAAAAGCCUCCGCGAAUUCCAAAUGACUCCGCGGUUCAUAUUCCAAAAAUGUCGAAAUGCCUCCGGGGUUUCCAAAUGACUUCGCGCCACCUAAUCAAAAUGCCUCCGCAAAUUCUAAAUGACUUCGCGGUGAAUAUUUUGAGACUGUCAAAAUGGGUCCGCGAAACAAGGCCUUUCAACACGUUUUGAGCUACAAAUUUCAAUUGUUAUUUUCCAAAUUUUUUUAAAGUCUGAAAAAAGGAGAAAUUUUUUUCAAUAUUUUGAUUGUUCAAGUUCCAACUUUAGGCCUAGGCUUAGUUAACGUAUUUAAAUGUAGUUUUGAAUGUUUCCUGCACCUUUCUGGGCGUUUAACUAAGCCUAAGCCUAAUAUCCGAACUUGUAUAACCAAACUAUCGUCUAAGUUUCUAGGCUUAGGCUUAGUGAACGCCUUGAAAAUGAUAAUUCUCAUUGAAAAUCAACUUUUUGGCCAAAAAUGUGUUGAAAAGUACACCUUGUUCGCGAAGUCAUUUUGACAUUCUUGAAAUUUUUACCGCGGAGUCAUUUAGAAUUCGCGGAGGCAUUUUGAUUUGAUAGCGCGGAGUCAUUUUGAAGCCCCGGAGGCAUUUCGAUAUUUUUGAAAUAUCGAGCGCGGAGUCAUUUGGAAUUCGCGGAGGCUUUUUGAUUUGGUAGCGCGAAGGCAUUUUGCGGAGGCAUUCGAAAAUGCCUCCGGAGGCAUUUCGCGAACCCAUUCGGUAUUUGCCGAUUAUUUGAUUAAUUAAAUAUUUAGGCAAAGUAGAGAUUCCAAAAUAUGGACCUGUUGAUUAUUGGACACGAGAAGUGCCUUUUGCCGUAUUUAUCCUGAGUUUUUGUAGUUUUGCCAUCUUUCUGCAAAUUUUAGUUAUGCGAGUAUUUCUCAUAGACCAGGAGAUGAAAAAACUUCCAGCUUUUCAGGUAAUUUUUUUAUUUCGGUGGAUUAAUGAAAAACGUUUUCAGUUAAUGCUAUUGAUCUCAAUUUUCGAUACAAUUCAGCUAUUCAUUCAUUUAACAGCCGUUUUUUAUUUACUCGAUUCAAGGAUUCAUUUGCAGAUUCCAGAUUUUGUGAGUUUUCGAAUUUUAACUUUAGUCAUGAGUUAUGACGUGGCAAAGUUAACAAUUUAGAAAAAAACAAAAAUAAAUUUCCAGUUAAUUGGUGCUAUAAUGAAUUCUUCUUGGGUUGUCAUGCUUCUUCUUUCAAUUCUCCUAAACUUUAAUCGUAUUUCCUCAAUUGUUCUACAUUUCUAUAGUUCAACUAUUUUCUCAAGAAAUAUGAUGCUUUUCUACCUCAGUUUCAUUAUUUUUAUCUGGAUCAUUAUUUUCAUGAUGAAUAUUAUUGGUUUGAGCCAAAUGGUUUAUUUAUUUCCAGCUUAUACAUGGCAUUAUUUGGCUGAUAAACCGUAUUCUGCUUUGUUGAGAACAAUUAGUGCUGAUAUUUCGUUGAUUGAUGUGCUUUUUUCGUUGUUGGCUCAUGCGCUCAUAUUUUCAUAUAUUCAGAUCGUAAGUGACUUUUAGAAUUGGAAAUUUUCGGAAUUUUUGUUCAUCGGCUAAAAAUGUUUUUUUUAACAACCAAGUAUCAGAAAACGGUCAUAUUAACUAGAAAAUAAUCUAUAAUCAAAUUUUUCUCUUUGAAAAAGAAUAUAAAUAAUUUUUCCGAUAAUCCGUUUUUCUUGAAAUACAAUUUGGGUCAAAAUUUAUCUCUAUCAAGCUACCCUAAAAAUUCCAAAAAUUCAAAAUCAACUAUUUUUCUAGAAAGCUGCUCUUUUAUCAAAAAGAGAAUUCACUUUAACCAUCCAGGUUCUUUGCAUUUCAAUAUUUCACAUUCUUGGUUAUAUUACUUGGGAAUAUUUACCGAUUCCAUGGGAACUUCCAAUUGGUGUAUUUUUGGGCCAUUUUGUAUGGAUGCUUUGGAAUUCAAUUAACCCUAUUUUAUAUUUAUUUAUUAAUCCGUAAGUAUACUUUUUUUGCUGAUGAGAAGAAAAAUGAUUCAUAAAAUUACAGAAGAAUCCGUCGAGCAUUGUUGAAUCAAUUGGUUCCACCAAAAAAUAAAAAUUUGACAACAAUUCGCAGUAAUAAUUCGAGAAAAAUUGGAUUAGGUUGA